UGUGUAAUUUUCUUAAUUUUAAACUGUGGAGCAUCACAGCUGAAAGGUGCAGCAGUUGUGGUCCAAACCCAGCUGAAUGUCUUAGCAGCAGAGGGUGAAGAUGCUCCUCUCAGCUGUCAGCUCCUGGAAACUAAAGGUGUCCUGCAGGUCACCUGGCAGAGGGUCUUUGGGAGCAAAGAGAGGAAUAUCUGCUCCUAUAGCGAGUAUUAUGGUCAAACAGUGAAUCCUGACUUUAAAGAUAAAGUCCAGUUUACAGAAGCUGGACUGAAGAAUUCCUCCAUAGUUAUCAGGAAGGUUACAGAGCAGGAUGAAGGAUGUUAUCUCUGUUUGUUCAACAUCUACCCUGAUGGAGCACUGAUAGGGAGAACCUGCCUGAAUGUUUAUGAGCUGCAUGAACCCAUCCUUGAUGUCAGCAGAUCAGAGUCUCCUGCAGAAUCAGUUGUGUCCUGUUCAGCCACAGGUCGACCUGCUCCCACUGUAACACUGACUGUUCUACAGCAGAACCUCAGCUUCUCCCACUACAACAGCAGCA